AUGGCAGCCAACUCUCAACAAUUUAGCACUAGACUCGACACUCUUUCUAGACAUGUUAAUGAGAUAAAUGUUUUAUCUCUUGAACAACAACUUGCGAGACUAACUUCUCUUGUUCGUCAAAUGGUUGUAGGUAAUAUGCAAACGGUGAAGGCAUGUGGAAUUUGUUCGGUGGCAGGACAUCCAACUAACAUGUGUCCAACUCUUCAAGAAGAUGAACAAGUUAAUAGGCAGCCAUAUCUUUCUAGACAACAACGGGACCAAACUUCAAGUUUUGGUAUGUCUCUAGAGGAUAUUGUUAAGUCUUUGGCCACUAAUACUUUACAAUUUCAACAGGAAACAAAACAAUUCCAACAAGAGGCAAGGGCAAAUAUUAAAAGUUUGGAUAAUCAAAUGCGUGAAAUGGCAACCGGAAUCAAUGGGCUGGAAGCACAAGGUUCUGGAAAAUUACCCUCUCGAACAAUAGUCAAUCCCAGAGAAAAUGCAUGUGCAAUCACCCUAAGAAGUGGUAAAGAGGUUGAGAUUCUAGUAAAAAUAGUCCCUACAUCAUCGAAGCAACAAAAGGAGAAAGAUGUCACUGCAAACACGGAUGUUCCCAAUGACAAUAACAUAACUAAGCACAAGUUUUUACCUCUUUCUGAUUAUAAAUCGGUACCCCCUUUCCCUCUGGCUUUAGUAGGAUAUAGGAAAGAUGAACGAGAUCAUGAGCUUUAUGAUACUUUUGGUAGAUGCGAGAUAAAUAUUCCACUUAUAGAUGUUAUUAAAAAGAUACUUCAUUAUGUUAAAUUUUUGAAACAUUUGUGCAAGAGUAAGAGGAAACAAAAACUCAAGGGAUGUGAAAAGGUAAACAUUAGGGAGAAUGUCUAUGUAAUUAUUCAAAGAAAAAUCCCCAUGAAGUGCACAGACCCUGGUAUGUUUACUAUCCCUUGUACGAUAGGCAAGAUAGGCAAGACUAACUUUGAAAAAGUCAUGAUAGAUUCAGGAGCUUCUAUUAAUGCCAUACCAUAUUCUAUAUACACUUCUUUGAAACUUGGACUUUUAAAUGAAACUGGUAUUGUGAUCCAACUAGCUGAUAAAUCUAAUGCCUAUCCUAAGGGUUCGGUUGAGGAUAUUCUUGUGAAAGUUAAUAUUUGA